CGUAGUGGGGGAAGGGUCGCUGAGAAUGACGGAACCGCCAUUUUGAAAAGUGCCCUCUGGUGCUCUGUUUUGUUGCUCCUGACAGAAUCAGUUUCUUCUCUGUGCUGGAUGAUUGUUCUAUUUUUAUGUCCAUUUUCUUAAUGUCUGUGGUCAAUGGCAGGAUAAGAUAUAAAAGAGUCGUCGUUUAUCGGUGUGAUCUAUUGAAUUCCUGCACACAUGCUGUUUGUUGGUCUUUACCACCUGCAUUUCCUUCUAUCCAGCUAGUCUGGAAUGGGCCUCGACUCUUAUAAACUACAACAAAAGUCUUUGUAACCUGAGAUCCACCACCUGGAUUCCAGUAACUCUCAGAUCCAACAUGUUUUGGAAAUUUGAUCUCCAUACCACAUCCCACAUUGACACUUUAUUAGAGAAGGAGGAUGUGAUGCUAACUGAGGUGAUGGAUGAGGAUGAUGUCCUACAAGAAUGCAAGGCCCAGAACCACAAACUGGUUGACUUCUUGUUGAGACCACAGUGUAUGGAGGACCUGGUCACUUUCAUUACUCAGGAACCCAAUACUGAUGUUGAAGAGAAAGUAAAAUACAAGUAUCCCAACAUAUCAUGUGAGCUCCUCACAUCAGAUGUGAGCCAGAUCAAUGACCGACUGGGAGAAGAUGAAAAAUUACUGAUGAAACUGUAUGGCUUUCUCCAAAAUGAGCCGCCUCUCAAUCCACUCUUGGCCAGCUUCUUCUCCAAGGUCCUUUCUAUUCUUAUAGGGCGCAAACCAGAACAGAUAGUGGAUUUUCUACGGAAGCAGGAGGACUUUGUAGACUUGAUGAUCAAACACAUUGGGACGUCUGCCAUCAUGGAUCUGAUGCUCCGAAUGCUUACCUGCAUUGAACCACAACAGCUACGACAGGAUGUUCUCAGAUGGCUGAAUGAAGAAAAGGUAAUUCAGAGACUGGUGGAUGUGGUACAGCCUUCUCAAGAUGAGGAUAGACACUCCAAUGCCUCCCAAUCGCUGUGUGAGAUCAUCAGACUAAGCAGAGAUCAAAUGUUCCAGGUCCAGGGCUGCUCAGAGCCUGAUCCUCUUCUGGGCACAAUUGAAAAGCAGGAAACAGUGGAGCAGCUGCUGUCUAAUAUCUUUGACAAAGAGCGAAAUGAAUCUGCAAUUGUCAGUGUUAUCCAGAUCCUUCUCACAUUGUUUGAGACCAGGAGACCGGCAUUUGAGGGUCAUAUGGAAUGCCCACCUGGCAUGGCCCAUCCUUCAUUUUCUGUAAACCACAGCAUCCUGAAGGCCGUGAGACCCCGACUAAAAGACUUUCACCAACUCCUACUGGAACCUCCACAGAAGAAUGUGAUGAAGACCACAUGGGGCGUGCUGGACCCUCCAGUUGGAAACACCAGGCUAAAUGUAGUCAGACUUGUGGCCAGUCUGUUGCAGAGCAACACCCACAACAUCAACACAGAACUCAUUAACCUCAACACCAUGGGAGUUAUACUUGACAUGUAUUUCAAAUACAUUUGGAACAACUUCCUACACAUUCAGGUUGAGAUCUGCACAGCAAUGAUCCUGGCUAUGCCCCCGGCCCCACUAGACAUCCAGCCAGACACAGAGGAGGACCAUGCCAGGGAAAGCAUCAUUUUACAGCAUCUGUUUCAAAAUUGCCAAUUUAUACAAAGAAUCAUUGAUGCCUGGAGCUCCAAUGAAAAAGAACAGGCUGCAGGUGGCCGGCGUCGAGGCUACAUGGGCCACCUCACCAGAAUAGCCAAUUCUAUAGUCCAUAACUGUGACAAGGGGCCUAAUAAACCACAGAUACAACAUCUUAUAUCUGGGCUUCCUGUGGAGGACAAAGAAAAAUGGGAAGCCUUUAUUUCUGGGCAGCUGGCUGAUACAAACAAGAGAAACACAGUCGAUCUGGUGAACACACACCACAUCCAUUCUUCCAGUGAUGAUGAAGUUGAUUUUAAAGACAGUGGCUUUCACCAGGACUCCUCUCUACAGCAAGCCUUUUCUGAUUAUCAGAUGCAACAAAUGACGUCCAAUUUUAUUGAGCAGUUUGGCUUCAAUGAUGAAGAGUUUGCUGACCAGGACGAUGUUGUGGAUAUUCCCUUUGAUAGAAUAUCAGACAUCAAUUUUUCCUUAAAUACAAAUGAAAGUUCAAAUGUAGCUUUGUUUGAAGCCCGUUGUAAGGAGAAAAUCCAACAAUUUGAAGAUCCAGGUUCAGAUGAGGAGGAUAUCUGGGAUGAAAAAGACGUCACUUGUCCUUCAGAGUCGCAUAGACACCCAAGGAGUUCAGGCAGUACAGACAGUGAGGAGAGCACAGACUCAGAGGAAGAUGACGUGAAGAGAGAUACAUUUGAAACUUCCAAUUCCUGCACAGACGACAGAAUGGAAGUAGACACAGGGCCAGUGUGGACAGCCAACUUCGAUGAAAUCCCUAUGGACACGGGUACAUCCACAGCUUCAGUUAGCAGAGCCAACCUGCCUGCUGCUUCCUGUCCUUUGUCCUCCCCUUCCACAGAAGCGCUCAAAGAGACAGCAUGGAGGUCCUCUCCUGCUGUCACCUUUAACUCUGAAACAGGCUGGGCAGAUUUCUCCAACUUCACCCCUGUCAGCUAUAGAGACCCUUUGAGAUGUAACUCUCCUGUAGCUAUGGAAACCAGUAUAGAGACAAUGGACCCUCUGGGGGUCAAUGCACCCAUGCAGCCUCAAGACUGUGAUGGCUGGUUAGGAACCAGUGUGGCCUCUCCUUCAACCACUUCAUCUAAGGAGUGUGGGGGAGACAAUGUGAAGAAGGAUACGUGUUGUGAGCAACGCAGCAUCACAGAGACGGUAAUCAACGGCUCCAUGAAAGAAACUGUCAGUCUCAUUGUUGAUGCCAAGACUGAGACUGCCGUCUUCAAGAGAGUGUUGAAAUCUUAUCGUGAUGAAGAGAAGAAUGCUUCUUUAGAGAAACACUCCGUAGUGGAGUGUUUGGAUUCAGAUACAGGCAUCAGCACAACUGUAGCCUGCCACCCCAAAUCAGGUGAGAAGUCUCCGUCCAUUGCGGAGCUUCAUAAUGGUCCUCUAGAGGACAUGUCAGCCAUAGACGAUGUCAAGCUAGACCAGAGUGUUGUUUUCCCAGAGCAAUCUGUAAAUGGACCAGCAUGAGGGUUGCAUAAAGCCAGUCAGCGGCCAGCCUCUUCUGCCAUGCAGGGCUCUCCUUCUGGUCAGCUAGUGGAGACCAGAACUCAGCUGUACCAAUCACACACCCCCACCAGGACCAGCAGUACACCUAUUGUCUUCACUGACAGUCAAGCAGGUGUACAGACACAGGAUGAACUGAAAAACAAAAGUGGCAUUCUGAAAUGAAUCCAAAAUACUAUUGUUACUAUUAUUUUUUGCAUUGGUUUAUAUACUAUUCUUCUUAUAAAGUGAUUUGUGACUGAUAUCUUGGCACUAAAAAUUAAAUAGUAAUGUUGCUGUAGUAAAAAGAAAUAUUGUAUGAAUAAAAUAUUUUAUAAAAAUAAAUAUCUAUACAGAGACACAAAGUGAAUGACCAUGGCCACAGGAUUAGCUGACUGGUGACCCACUAACUGACACUCACAUGUAAUACAGCAGUUAGAUGUUGUCACCCACGUUUGCCAUCUGAGCAGACUCCUACGAAUUGAAACAUGUUUUAAAAAACACAACUUGAUUAACCGUAGACGGUAUUAUUUGCUCAUGUCUUCUUUCUGUCCAGCAGCACUGUUUUAUUAAAAAAAAAAAAAAAAAGACAUUUCUUUUUAAGACGCUGUUUACAGGUUUAGGUUGUCCGUGGAAAGGGAUCAAAGAUAUAUUCAAAACUGAAGGUAGUUCAAUGUUUAAUGUAACACUUUGUAACAUUGGGCAACACUAUUGUGUAAGCUGCAAUAUUAGGUUAACUUUUUUUUUUAUUUAAAUAUUUUCAAUAAAAUGCUGACUGAGCAAAACUACAUAGACCAGUUACCAAUAUGGGAACAUGCAGCUGUGUGACAUCAUGAAUGUGACAUCUCAUGUAUACGGAAAACCUUUCUUUCCACCCUACUACAAUUUACAGUGAAAAUUAUUUUAAUUGAACACAAGAUUGAUUUACUUUAAUGCAUUUUUAAAAGGUAAUGUUUGUUUGACAUAAGCUUAGUUGUACUCUUACUAAAAGAAAUAAACAAACAGUUUUCCUGUGGGACUUUAAAGGCCAAUGUCUAUUUUCAAUGUUUAAUUUCACAAUUAGUUAAAAAAAUGGGCAAACUAAAUUUGAUUUUCACAGGAAACCAAAUAAAUCAGGUUUUAAAGUAUCAUUUUCAUAAUGCAACUUAGCUUUUUAAAUUCGGUUUAUAGCUCACAACAGAAGAACAAAAAUACACAUACAUUUGAAUACUGAGCAAAAUUACAGUAUUGCAGAGCUUUGGCAUUCCAGCUGUUAGUUGUUUGAGAUAGUCUGGUAAUUUCCAUCUGCCUUUUGACGCAAUGAGCAGACAUAUUGUACCAUUAAAACACUGGACAGAUAGUUGCUGGAAAUGGGCCUCUAUACACCUAUGUAGAUGUUGCACCAAAACCAGUGUGAAGCUGGAAUAGUCAUUUACCACAUUAGCCAUGUAUGCAGUGUAUUUCUGACUAGUUCAAAAAACUUUCUGUCAAAAAUAAGGACAUUUCUAAGUGACUGCAAAGUUUUCAAACAUAAAAUUUGGUGUGUAGUAGUUUAGUUACAUCCACUAGACCCGUGCUACAGCUGCUGUAGAAGAUGUAGAUGCAGGUCGCUUCUGGUGUCCCAUUGUUUUUGUCAUUCUCUGGUAAUAUGAUUAACAAUGUGUGUGCCUGUCAUUUUCUUACUAUGGUCUAUGAAAGCUGUAGUUCUCCCAGGACAUGGGGUCAUCUGCUUGUUUGUUUUUUUUCUGACUCCACUCAGUCGCUUAAGUUGCCAUGGUAACGGAUCUAAACAUUCAUGAACUGAGCCUGUACAUUAUACAAAGAUGAGCUGCAUGAAAGCCAAUUAUCUUGGAAGCAUAUCUGAAUGGAAUCUCCUGUAAUAUCAGUGCUUGGCUGUUGGCUGGCCAAGUGAUAAAAUAAUAUAACAUCAUAUUGCUGAUGGUGUUGGACAUGUAUAUUCUGGAUAUGUGUAAUUUGUGUCAUUAAGUACAAUUUAAAGGACUAUUUUAAUAAUUAGCA